AUGCGUCUCACGGCCUUGAUUACUGACGUUUGCUACAGAGAUUGGAUGAAGCUAUAUCCUGAGGCCAGUAAGGAAGGUCAAGACAAGUAUGAAUGGUAUCGCAAAAGCAGAUAUGGUGAUUCGGACGAGAAGAUGAAGAUGUACGAAACCUUGAUGUCAGCAUACGGCACAGGUGUAGGAAUUGACUUCAAGUUUCAUGGAGUCGUGGCGAACACUCUCGAUGCUCACCGAGUUGUCCAGUACUUUCAGGAAGAAAAGGGACCUGAAAUUGCCGAUAAGCUGAUCAAUUCUCUCUAUUCACAAUAUUUCGAAAACGAAAAGCACCCCUCUAGUCCGGAGACUUUGUUCAAAGCGACUUCUGAUGCCGGCAUCCCUGAGGCUGAAGCAAAAGCUGUUAUCGACAACGAAAAGGAGUUCUUGAGGGACACGAACAACUUGAUCCGCGAGACAAAAUCCAAUGGAAUUGAUGCAGUCCCGAACAUAAUGUUCGAAGGCAAACGCAGGGAUAUCACUUUGGAGGGUGCUAAAGAGAUUGAAGAGUACGAAAAGGCAUUGCACCAGAUUGCGAAGGAAAGCAAGUAG